AUGGGAAACCGCGUAGAAUCCAUGAAAAAAAUUGAUGACGACAAUGCAGUAGAAACGAAGUCGUCAUUUGAAUUGUCUACGGUACGCGAAGCUUUGGCACUAGAACCGAUCACCGAUAAGACAGACGUAAAACCCAGCGAUGAAAGCAUGGCAACACACAAGCUCCGCCAUUACUGGACCGCGGUCGUUGGAAUUCUCUCGGCUGUUUCAAGCGGUAUAUGUUUGGCAUUUUCGGAUGUGUUCACUGUUAUAUCAAUUGAUAAGGAAUUGUCACCAGCGCAACUGUUACUUGUCAAGUCGAUACUUGUCUUUAUUAUAUCGGUAGCAAUUCUGACAUAUAACAAAGUUAAUCCAAUGAAACUAUCCAGGAGGGACCUACUGUUGAAUAUCAUGAAAGGUCUGUUCGAAAACGGAGCUUUUGUUCUGUUUUAUUAUGCAUUGGAUAUCGUUGGGAUGGGAGACGCGACGUCAAUUGUAGCGGGCGCACUGCCGAUAUCUACAUCAUUGUUUGCGUGCGUAUUACUGAAAGAGAAUUAUAGGUUCCAAGAUUUGAUCAGCUUAUCAAUAAACUGUGCGGGGAUUUUAUUAAUAUCACGUCCUGAAUUCAUCUUUGGUAGUAAUCCGUUGAAUAUUGACACUCCUAGACCAAAUGGAAUUGGAUAUGCAUUCGCAGUAUUGGCUGCUGUCGGUUUAGCCAUUGGAACAAUCUGUUCAAGAAUUAUGACUGACAGGAUGACACUGUUAAUUGUAAUAUUUUACAAUGGAUUAACUGGUGCGAUUCUAACGGGCAUUUUAGUCUAUCCCACCAGCUCAGAACGAAUGCCCCGCCUAGUGUCGAGCAAUCCAGUCUUAAUCGCUUUCAUAGCCGGCAACGUGGUGCUAUAUGUCGCGUACUUGUAUUUGUACAACAAAGCACUUCAACUACAAACUGCUAGCAAAACAUCCCUUCUACUAAACGUUGCACUCAUUAUUAGUUUUGUAUCAGACGCUCUCGUGUUUCAUACGCACGUACUUAGUAUCGAGUUGAUCGGAGCUGCACUUAUUUUUCUGAGUUCCUGUAUUGUUGCAUUGCUUGUUUGGAUUGAAACAAAGCGGGUAGUACAAGAAGAAACUAAAUUACUUAGUAAUAAAGACUAG